CCGCCGCCGCCGCCGGGGCUGGUGGGCGUUCCUCUGGCUGCAGCUCCACGUGUGGCGCGCCCUGGCGCAAGAUGACGUAGCCCCCUAUUUCAAGACGGAACCAGGUUUGCCUCAGACGCACCUAGAAGGAAACCGCCUUGUUCUCAUGUGCUUGGCAGAAGGAAGUUGGCCUUUGGAAUUUAAGUGGCUGCAUAAUGAUAAAGAAAGUACAGCCUUCUCCAGGGAAUAUAAAUACGUUAUUCCAUCCUUGAAAAAAUCUGAUGGUGGUUUUUAUCAAUGUGUUGUGAGGAACAGAAUGGGGGCUCUCUUGCAAAGAAAAUCAGAAGUUCAAGUGGCAUACAUGGGAAGCUUCCAGGAUGGGAUCCAGUGGAAAACUGUACCUGAAGGGCAAGCUGCUGUCCUAAACUUCCCCCACAUCACCAGCUACCCCAAGCCACAAGUGACUUGGUUUAGAGACGGGCACAAGAUUAUACCAAGUGGCAGAAUAACCAUCACCCUAGAGAAUCAGUUGGUCAUUCUGGCAACAUUGCCCACUGACGCUGGAAAUUAUUAUGUCCAGGCGGUCAAUGAAAAGAACGGGGAGAACAAGACGAGUCCGUUUAUUUACCUGAACGUGACAGGUGCUGAUGCUUCAAGCAACACUGUGACCCCUGUUAUUGUAAUCCCUCCACGUAAUUCAAGUGUAAUAACUGGGAGUAAUGAAGCCAUCCUGGAAUGUGUGGCCAAUGGCAGGCCCAUUGAGAAAUUAAGUCUCACCUGGAAGAGGAAUGGAAUCCAAAUCAUCAAUGGAGUUAGCAGUUUGGGGAGACGGCUUACUAUCGCAAACCCAACUUCAGCUGAUGUUGGAAUGUAUGUUUGUGAGGCACAACUGAGAAACAGCCCCAUCGAGCCUGCAAGAGCCAAACCCUUUCUAUCUAUCCUAGAGCCACCGUAUUUUACUGCUGAACCAGAAAACCGGAUUUUGGUAGAAGUAGAGAAGACCGUGCACAUCCCAUGUCAAGCAAUGGGCAUCCCACGGCCUAUUCUAGCUUGGUUUAAGGAUGCUGUUCUCAUCAGCCAGCUAGUUAAUCCUCGUUAUACGGUCCUACUCAACGGGACUCUUCAGAUCUGGAGAGCAAAGCCAGAGGAUUCUGGAAUCUUUCAAUGUUUUGCAAGGAAUGAGGUUGGCGAGAUAGACAGCCAUACCUACCUUGAGGUCACUAAUGUCGCGCCCAUGUUCUCCUGGCCCCCAGCAGAUGCUACCGUUACCGAAGGGAUGAGUGCCAUUUUAAGAUGUGACGUUUCUGGAGCACCAAAGCCUGCCAUUGCAUGGAAAAGGGGGAAUCAGAUUUUGGCCAGUGGCUCCAUUCAGCUGCCCAGGUUCCACCUCCUUGAGUCUGGGGGGCUCCAGAUAAGCCCCGUCUUUCUUGAAGAUGCUGGCAUCUACACUUGCUGUGUGGUCAACUCAGAAGGCUCCCUGAAUGCAUCUGCUGCUCUCACCGUGUGGAAUCGCACUUUUAUUGUCCGGCCUCCGGAGGAUAGCACUGUUAUAAAGGGAACCACGGCGAUGCUUCGGUGUGAAGCUGCUCAUGACCCAAGAAUUUCAAUCAGGUAUCUUUGGAAGAAGGACGCCGUUGUCAUCAACCCAUCUAGCAGCUCCCGAAUCACUAUCGAGAACGAUGGCAGCCUCAUCAUUGGCCAGACCUGGUCAGGUGACAUUGGCGACUACACCUGCGAAGUCAGCUCCUCUGGAGGGAAUGAUUCAAGGGUGGCUCGAAUGGAAGUGAUAGAGCUGCCUCAUCCUCCACAGAACCUUCUUGCCACGUUGAAUUCUUCCUUCAGCCGCAGCGUCAUCCUCUCCUGGGUGCGCCCCUUCGACGGAAACAGUCCGGUCCUGUAUUACAUUGUCGAAGUGUCUGAGAACAAUUCUCCCUGGAAAGUUCAUCUCUCCAAUAUCGAUCCAAAGUUGACCAGCAUCACUGUGAGCGGGUUAACCCCAGCCCGUACCUACCAGUUUAGAGUCUGUGCUGUCAACCAAGUGGGCAAAGGCCAGUACAGCCUUGAAACCAGCAGACUGAUGUUGCCAGAAGAACCUCCGAGCGCCGCACCAAAAAACAUUGUGGCUAGUGGACGGACUAAUCAAUCUAUUAUGGUCCAGUGGCAGCCUCCUCCUGAAAGUGAACAUAAUGGGGUUCUCCAUGGCUAUAUCAUCAGAUAUCGCUUAGCAGGCCUUCCUGGGGAGUAUCAAUACAAGAACAUAACCAGCGCAGAGAUAAACUACUGCUUGAUCAAAGACCUGAUCAUCUGGACGCAGUAUGAAAUCCAGGUGGCAUCUUAUAAUGGAGCCGGUCUGGGGGCCUUUAGCAGAGCCGUCACGGAAUACACAUUGCAAGGAGUGCCCACUGCGCCACCGCAGAAUGUCCAAGCAGAAGCAGUGAACUCCACCACCAUCCAGUUCUUCUGGAACCCUCCUCCACAACAGUUCAUCAAUGGGAUCAACCAGGGAUACAAGCUCGUGGUGUGGCCAGUUGAUGCACCAGAUGCAAAGACCACAGUCACCAUUCCUCCAGAUUUUCAUGGAGUCCACAGUGGAUACAUAACUAACCUGAAGAAAUUUACUGCUUACUAUACCUCGAUCCUUUGCUUCACCACCCCAGGGGAUGGGCCACGGAGUCCACCACAGCUACUGAAGACUCAUGAAGACACACCAGGAACAGUGGGACAUCUGAGCUUCACAGAGAUUCUGGACACUUCGCUCAAGGUCAGCUGGCAAGAACCUGUUGAGAAAAAUGGCAUCAUUACAGGCUAUCAAAUCUCCUGGGAGGUCUACAGCAGGAAUGAAUCUCGUCUUGCUCACACACUUGCUAACACAACCCUUGAGUACAAAAUUACAGGCUUGUCAUCUCUCACCACCUACACAAUCGAAGUAGCAGCGAUGACGGCAAAGGGAGCGGGCUCGGUCACUUCAUCUACCAUCUCAUCAGGAGUUCCCCCAGAGCUUCCUGGUGCACCUUCCAAUCUGGUCAUCUCAAACAUCAGCCCUCGAUCUGCAACCCUUCAGUUCCGGCCUGGAUACGAUGGAAAAACCUCUGUCUCUAAAUGGAUAGUGGAGGGCCAGGUUGGGGUAAUAGGAGAGGAAGAAGAAUGGAUAACUUUGUGUGAAGUAGAGAAAGAGUCGAAUGCUCAGUUGUUGGAAAUCCCAAACCUCACGCCUUACACUCAUUACAGGUUCAGGAUGAAACAGGUGAACAUCGUGGGGCAAAGCCCGUUGAGCCAGCCCUCACGUGUCAUUCAGACCCUCCAGGCACCCCCAGAUGUGGCACCAGGGAGCGUGACAGUGCGUACUGCCAGUGAGACGAGCUUGUGGGUCCGCUGGGUGCCUCUGCCUGAUGCACAAUACAAUGGGAACCCCGAGUCAGUCGGCUACAGGAUCAAAUACUGGUGUGCGGACAUGCAGCGCCCCGCCCUAACAAAGGUCAUCAGCGACCGACUGGAGAUGGAAAUCACGGUCGAGGAUCUGCAGGAGUGGACAGAGUACGAACUGCAGAUCCAAGCCUUCAAUGCCAUCGGAUCGGGGCCCUGGAGCGAGGUGGUGCGAGGCCGUACGCGGGAGUCAGUUCCUUCAGCUUCUCCGGCAAAUGUUUCUGCCGAAGCCGUGAGCUCCACCCAGAUCCUUUUGACCUGGGCAGCUGUGCCUGAACCUGAACAAAAUGGGCUCAUCCUUGGCUACAAGAUUUUGUAUAAGGCCAGAGAUGUGGAAAGCCAAUUAAGCAGUCAAGUGGUCAGGGGGAAUCACACCCUUUCUGUCCUGCUAGCUGGCCUGCAGAAGUACGUGGUGUAUGAAAUUCAGGUGCUGGCGUUCACACGCAUUGGAGACGGGGUUCCCAGCACUCCGCCGGUCACUGAGCGAACUAAGGAUGACGUCCCAGGUCCCCCGGUGCGGUUGGUAUUUCCUGAAGUGAGGCUGACGUCAGUGCAAAUUAUGUGGCGACCACCUGAGGAACCCAAUGGAAUUAUUCUUGGAUAUCAGAUCGCUUAUCGUCUGGCAACCAGCAGUCCCAACAAGUUCACCACGGUGGAGGUUGGCUCGACAGUUCAACAAUUUGUGGCUACAGAUCUCUCCCCCGAAUCAGCCUACAUUUUCCGAGCCUCUGCCAAGACCCGCCAGGGCUGGGGUGAGCCCUUGGAAGCAACGGUGAUCACUACAGAAAAGAGGGAACGGCCAGCCCCUCCCAAGGAACUGAAAGUCCCUCAGUCUGAAGUGACAUCCCGGAGCUUACAGCUACACUGGGUUCCUGGAAGUGAUGGGUCUUCUCCAAUACGUUACUUUACCAUUCAGAUGCAAGAGCUGCCAGAUGGAGAUUGGAAAACGUAUUCUUCAUCUGUCAACCACAAAGCCACCUCCUGUUUGAUUGACAGGUUGAACCCCUUUACCUCUUACAAGCUGCGCCUGAAAGCCACUAAUGACAUUGGAGACAGCAACUUUGGUGCUGAGACUGAGGCAGUCACUACUCUGCAAGAUGUUCCAGGUGAACCACCAAGUUCUGUGUCUGUGACCCCGUACACGACAUCCUCGGUUCUAGUGCAGUGGCAGCCUCCAAAGGUAGAGAGUCUGAAUGGCCUCCUUUUGGGAUAUCGUAUUUAUUACCGAGAGCUGGAACCUGAAAGCACUGGACCAGGAGCAGAGUCCAAAGUCCUUAAAAACCCAUCAGCUUUACGAGCAGAAAUUACAGAGCUGAAAAAGUACAAGAGGUAUGAAGUGGUCAUGACAGCAUAUAACAUUAUCGGGGAGAGCCCUGCCAGCGCCCCUGUGGAAGUCUACGUUGGCGAAGCAGCUCCAGCAAUGCCUCCCCAGAAUAUCCAUAUCAACGCCCUGUCUGCAAGUCAGCUGGAGGUCACCUGGGACCCACCUCCCGUGGACAGCCAGAAUGGAAACAUACAAGGCUACAAGGUUUAUUAUUGGGAGGAAGACAGUCAGAACGACACUGAAAAAGUGAAGGUCCUUUUCCUCCCAGAUACAAGCAUCCGGCUCAAAAACCUGACCAGUCACUCCAAGUAUCUGGUCUGUAUUUCCGCUUUUAACACAGCAGGGGAUGGACCCAAGACAAGCCCUGGGGAAGGCAGGACACUCCAGGCAGCUCCAAGCGCCCCCAGUUUCUUGAUUUUCUCUGAAAUCACGUGCUCUACACUUAAUAUGUCUUGGGGAGAACCAACAGCAGCCAAUGGGAUCUUGCAGGGUUAUCGGGUGAUCUAUGAACCUUUGGCUCCAGUUCAAGGGGUGAGCAAAGUGGUGACCGUGGACAUCGAGGGCAAUUGGCAGCGCUGGCUGAAGGUCAGAGAUCUCACGAAAGGGAUGACCUACUUGUUUCGAGUGCAAGCCAAGACCAUUAUCUAUGGACCUGAGCUGCAAGCCAACAUCACAGCUGGGCCAGCAGAGGGAUCUCCUGGUUCUCCACAGCAUGUGCUGGUCUCAAAAACUGCCUCUGGACUCACUUUAUACUGGACAGAGGGAGCUUCAGGAGUUAAGCCUAUCACUGGCUAUGUCAUAGAAAGUAGGCCUUCAGAUGAAGGCUUGUGGGACCUGUUCGUGAAGGACAUCCCUCGCAGUGCCACGUCCUACACGGUCAGCCUGGACAAGCUUAAAGAAGGCGUGAGCUAUCAGUUCCGGGUGGUGGCAGUGAAUGAGUUCGGAUACGGAGAACCCAGCGCAGCUUCUGUAGCCAUCUCAGCUCACGCAGGAUCUCCUUUCUAUGAAGAAUGGUGGUUCUUGCUUGUGAUGGCACUCUGCAGCCUCAUUCUCAUCCUGCUGGUCGUCUUUGCACUGAUCUUGCACAACCAGACUAAGAAGUAUCAAGACAGCAACGCAGAACCAGGGAAGGGCCUACGCCUUCGCUCAUUCUGUCGCCAUUUGUCCCCAGGAAAAAAUGCAUCCAACGUGGAGGAAUCUGUCACUCUGGAUAAUGGGGGGUUUACAUCUCUGGAGCUCAACAGCCGGCAUCUCAAUGUCAAAAACACUUUCUCGAAGAAGAAUGGGACAAGAUCACCACCUCGUCCAAGCCCUGGAGGUCUACAUUAUUCCGACGAGGACAUCUGCAAUAAGUACAACGGAGCCGUGCUGGCAGAGAGCAUCGCCCUUACUGAAAAACCCUUGGAUGCUUCAGAAUCAGAAGGGACAGAUUCAGACUACGAAGAUGAGCUGCCCAAGCAUUCUUUUGUCAACCAUUAUAUGAGCGACCCCACCUACUACAAUUCAUGGAAGCGGCAGCAAAAGGGCACAAAGCAUUCAACGCCUUACAGGUAUGAGGAACGUGUAGCAAGUGAGACAGAACCUUAUUUCCAGACUGUUAUCACCACACAGAGCUCAGGAGGGGUCUACACCCCAACAGGACCACCCGCUCCCGGCUCACGGACUCCAGUGACAGGGUUCUCUUCUUUCGUCUGACACCCGGAGAAAGAGCACUGACCUCAACUCAGUGGCCUGCCAAGUUUGGGUCAACAGCAGCCCAUCCAGAUGUGACUGGCAGGACAGAUGCAGUGAACUAGGGGUAUUUUUCUCUUAUCAGGGUAGAAUGGAUGUUAAUGUGAAUGUCUUUUUUUUUUCAAGACAAUCAACCCUUUAAGACAUGGAGCUGAUGAAGUUGAGUUUGCUUUGAUUUCUCCCCCCCCCUCCCCUCUUUGAAAACCCCAUAAAUGAUCAAAACCUGACCAUUUUAACCACUUUGGAGUAUGAUUUAAAAGAAUUUUUUUAAAAAUAAAAAUAUGCUUUUGUAAGGUUGUCUGGGUU